GCGCGCGGCCUUCUGGGACCGGAAGAGCGGCUCACGCGGUGGCUGAGCGUCAUGGCCGCGGCUCCGAGUCGACGGAGGCGCCUGGCGGAACUGACCGUGGACGAGUUCCUGGCCUCGGGCUUUGAUUCAGGGUCCGAGUCGGAGCCUGAGGCGGCCCCGGAGCCCGAGGCGGCUGCCGAGGACCGAAGAACACGCUCUCUCUGCGGAAGGGAAACAAGAAAACCGAAGUCGAGCUGUGGUUCCAGUGGUGACCGACAAAAAGGCCAUGCUUCUGAGCACAAGGACCAGCUCUCUCGACUGAAGGACAGGGACCCAGAGUUCUACAAGUUUCUACAAGAGAAUGACCAGAGUCUGCUGGACUUCAGUGACUCAGACAGCUCUGAAGAAGGAGAGGAGCAAUUCCACUCUCUGCCAGACACAUUGGAGGAAGCAAGUGAAGAAGAGGAUGGAAGAGAGGAUGAUGACCGAGUCCCUAGAGGACUACAGGGGAAUGAAUCUGUUCCUGUGACACUUGCCAUGGUGGAGAGAUGGAAGCAGGCAGCAAGGGAGCACCUUACUCCCAAGCUGUUUCAUGAAGUUGUGCAGGCAUUUCGAGCAGCGGUAGUCACCAUUCAGGGAGAUCAGGAAGGUGCUGAGACUUGCCGGUUCCAGGUCACAGACAGCACUGUGUUCAAUGCUCUGGUCACCUUUUGCAUCAGAGACCUCAUUGGUUGCCUUCAGAAGCUGCUGUUUGGAAAGGCUUGGAAGGACAGUAGCAGGAUGCUACAUCUGUCCAGCAGCCCGCUCUGGGGAAAGCUCCGUGUGGACAUCAAAGCAUACUUGACCUCAGUCCUACAGCUGGUGGCCUGUCUGGCUGAAGCUACAGUGUUAGCUGCUGUCCUGCAACAUGUUAGCAGCUUGGUACCCUACUAUCUGACUUUUCCCAAGCAGUGCCGCAUGCUACUAAAGAGGGUGGUGGUCCUGUGGAGCACUGGUGAAGAGUCCCUGCGGGUGCUGGCCUUCCUGAUCAUCAUCAAAAUCUGCAGACACAAGAAGGAUACCUUCCUGAGCCCCAUCCUGAAGCAAAUGUACAUCACGUAUGUGAGGAACUGCAAGUUCACCUCCCCCAGCACCCUGCCUCUCAUUAGCUUCAUGCAGAGGACACUGACUGAGCUCCUUGCCUUGGACCCCAGCGUAUCCUACCAGCACGCCUUCCUCUAUGUCCGCCAACUUGCCAUCCAUCUGCGCAGUGCCAUGACCUCUGGCAAGAAGGAGACACACCAGUCCGUGUACAACUGGCAGUAUGUGCACUGCCUCUACCUGUGGUGCCGUGUCCUGAGUUCCCUCAGCUCCAGUGAGGCCCUGAAGCCCCUGCUGUACCCCCUCUCACAAGUUGUCAUCGGCUGCAUCAAGCUGGUGCCUACCUCUCGCUUUUACCCACUGCGGAUGCAUUGUGUGCGCGCCCUGAUACUGCUGUCAGAGAGCACCGGCAUCUUCAUCCCUGUACUGCCCUUCAUUCUUGAGAUUUUCCAGCAGGUAGAUUUCAACAAGCGGCCAGGUCGCAUGAGCUCCAGGCCUAUCAAUUUCUCUGUGAUCCUGAAGCUGUCCAGUGCCAAUCUGCAGGAAAAGGCAUACCGGGAUGGCCUAGUGGAGCAGUUGUAUGAUCUCAUCCUGGAGUACCUGCACAGCCAAGCCCACAGCAUUGCCUUUCCUGAGCUGGCACUUCCCGCUAUCUUGCAGCUGAAAUCCUUCCUCCGGGAAUGCAAGGUGGCCAACUACUGCCGGCAAGUCCGACAACUGCUGGAGAAGGUGCAGGAGAAUGCAGAGUACAUCUGUAGCUGCCGCCGCCGGAUCUCCUUCAGUGUGUCUGACCAGCUGGCAGUGGAUGCUUGGGAGAAGCAGGCCCGGAAAGAGGGGACCCCACUCACCAGAUACUACAGCCACUGGCGGAAGCUGAGGGACCGUGAGAUCCAGCUGGAGAUUAGUGGCAAAGAACGGUUGGAAGACCUGAACUUCCCAGAGAUCAAACGGCGGAAGGUGGAAGACCGGAAGGAUGAGGACAGGAAGGAAUUUAAAGACCUCUUUGAGCUGGACAGUGCUGAGGAGGAGAGUCCAGACUUCUCAGAGAGAGGGAUGCCUGGGUUCCUGAGAGUUCCAAAAGGGGUGGAAGAGGAUGAGAACCAGGAAGAGGAGGAGGACAAGGAAGACUGUGACUCAGAAAAUGAAGGCCCAGAUGCAGAGGCAGGGCUGGACCCCAGGGAGUUGUGGCAGCUGGCUCAGGGGCCACAGGAUGAGCUGGAGGAUCUGCAGCUUUCUGAGGAGGACUGAAGGUCUCCUGUGGUGUCCCAGAAGCCAUCAUCCACGCAGCAGGAGGCUAUGGGGCUUUAUUGUUAUAACACAACCGGCGCAUGUACCAAGAGCUGUGCUGACCUGAGAAAGUGAACCAGCACGAGAGUCUGCUGCUGCUGUGCAGGAGGCUGGCUGCCAUCUGAUGCCAGGGCACAGAGCAGUCCCAGUUGUUAGGGAGGAGGGAGGCUCCAGUAGCUUCUACCUCCUUUGUCUUUGGUUUGUCUGCAGACCUCUGCAAUCCUUUCCACACUUAAAUUUGUUUCCUUUCAA